ACGCCCCCCCCAGAAGGCCCCCUCCCCCACCAUUGAAAGCCAUGAAUUUUGAAUUUGAGAGGGAGAUUGGGUUUAUAAACAGCCAGCCAUCGCUCGCCGAGUGUCUGACUUCCUUCCCCGCUGUCUUGGAGACAUUUCAAACUUCAUCAAUCAAGGAGUCGACAUUAAUUCCUCCUCCUACUUUGGAGCAAACCUUCCCCAGCCUCCGACCCGGCGCCUCCACCCUUCAGAGACCCGGGAGCCAAAAGCAAGCCGAAGAUGGGCCUGCACUGCUGCUGCCGCCGCCGCUCCCCGCCGCUCCCCCAGCCCCCGAGUUCCCCUGGAUGAAAGAGAAGAAAUCCUUCAAGAAACCCAGCCAAUCUGCCACCUCGCCUUCUCCGGCCGCCUCCUCGGUCCGGGCCUCCGGGGUCGGAUCACCUUCAGAUGGCCCGGGACUGCCUGAGCCCGGCGGCGGCGGCGGUGGGUCGCGCAGGCUGCGCACCGCAUACACCAACACGCAACUGCUGGAGCUGGAGAAGGAAUUCCACUUUAACAAGUACCUGUGCCGGCCGCGGCGCGUCGAGAUCGCGGCCUUGUUGGACCUCACCGAAAGGCAGGUCAAAGUCUGGUUCCAGAACCGACGCAUGAAGCACAAGCGGCAGACACAGCACCGGGAGCCGCCGGACGGGGAGCCAGCCGGCCCCGGAGCCCUGGACGACACAGCAGACCCAGCGGAGGAGCCGGCGAUCAGCCCGGGCCGCCCGGCAGCCUCUCGGGCGCUCCGGGAAGCCUGCUUCCCCCCUGCCGAGGUCGCGCAGGGAACCUCGGGCGCACUGGGGCCCGGGCCUUUGGCUGCUCGCUUACAGAGUGUGGGCGCGCCGAGCCCCGGCUGUGCGCUGCGCCGAGUGGGCGGGCUGGAACCCGAGCGGUUGCCCGAAGACGCCUUCCCUGAGCGGCAGGAUUCGCCUUUCCUGCCCGAUCUCAACUUCUUGGCUGCAGACUCCUGUCUCCAGCUGUCCGGAGGCCUUUCUCCCAGUCUACAGGGCUCGCUAGACAGCCCGGUCCCCUUUUCCGAGGAAGAGCUGGACUUCUUCACCAGCACGCUCUGUGCCAUUGACUUGCAGUUUCCCUAACCGUUCUCUUCCCAUCCUUUCCACCCAGUCCUCCUUGGCUUUUGGAAAACAAAAACAAAGACAAAAACCGAACCUCCUCCACCCCUAGUCACAUUUUACUUAUGUGUUUUUGCUAAAAUUCAGGUAUUCAUGAAUUAGCGCUUAAUUCACUCCCUUUCUCUUUUUAAAACCACCCAGAAAAUUCCCAUUUGAUAAACUCCUCCAACGAAAUCUCAGGAAUAAUUAAAACUCCAGCGGGAGACGGGGGGGGAGGAGGAGGGUUUUCUUAAAAAGAACUAGAGGGACCUAUUUUCCUCUUUUUUAAGUUUUAGACUGUAGAUUAUUUAUUAAAAUUCUUUAAUAAUAGGUAAAGGGGAAAUUAUUUAUUGUACAUUAUUUUCAUAGAUUAAAUAAAUGUCUU